AGACAACUAAUUCUACUACCGCUGCGCCUCACACCGGAGCAAUUCGCAGUAUUCUUCUUUGUGAUUUACUAUCUUCGACCAGUGAGACAUCUGUCUGUAAUGACAGUAUAUUUCGAUGGUUGAAAUAUCAUGAUACUCGGCUCGACUGUUGUUUCAUAUUCACGAUUUGUGGUUCUGUAUUUUUGAUAUCUAUAGAGCUGCAUUCUACAAUUUAUCGUUAGCUAGAACAGAUAAUAAUGUACAUAUAGUAAUGCAUCUCAGCAGUGGCAGUGCCAAUAAUCUAGUUCGUCGCAUACGCGGGCAAAGUGGAGUUGUUAUAAUAAGUUAAAAGGCAGUGGGUCAAUUUCAGUGAAAAUUGUAAACAGUUCUCAGGUGACCGCGGGUUACGUGUUGCUAAUAAUUCGCGUCGGGAGUAACCAGUGUUAGCGCACCUGCGAAAAAAGCUCAUAUUAAAUCUAUAAUUGUCGUCUGCGAUUAAUGUGUUUAAACCGGAGACUGAUUUAUUAGUUUUCACAACUGUACAUGUUCAACGGUAAAGGAUAUUAUAAUAUAACUAGAAUAGGAACAUUUUUGACGCUGGUCGGUGCACUCCGAUUGACUCGGGGAACGAUUCGGAACUGGCGAUGAAUAUUGAGACAUCGCAAGAUAUGACAUAGGCAGACAUCCAUGACUCUGAUCCCAUUUAAGAUGGAUAGUUAUAAUCCGUAGCAGUUUUGCCAUGCUGGUCACGCAAUCUCUUUCUCCCAUGAACAAUCUGCCAAAUAUGUUGUCAGUGUUGGAGGAAGAAUCCAAUGUCGAUAUUGACGAUGUGUUUCCACCUCAUGUCGACACAACAAAUAUCGUUAUUCAUCCAGAGUCACCGACCAGCAAAAAGCAAGCACUAAAGACUUUCAACGAGGUGAAUGUGCUUCUACAGUCAGGGAGGAAGAGAGAGGUCAAAUUGAUCAUAAGAGAUAAUGCUUGGCCACUCAAUAAUGGCAUCAGAGCACAGUUAUGGCCAGCGCUUUGCAACCAGCAUACUCACGGCAAGAACAUGCUGGAUGGAUUCUAUUGGGACAUGGUUAAUCAAGUAUUUGGCACCACAGAAUUACCAGAGAAAUCCAUUAUGCUACCACCAUUUGUUGAUAGUACACAUUGUCUCUCUUACAAUCUGACGCGUAAGGGUCGAAGCGUGGCAGACAGAGUUGUAUCAGUUCUGGGUUUUGCCUGCCCCGAUAUCACCUUCAGCCCUUCGCUGUAUCCAAUAACGGCGCUUCUUCUACACUUCAUGCCAGAGGAGGAGUGUUAUCAUUGUAUGGCUAGUUUGGUUGCCGCCAAAGAGAAAAUGUUCAUCACCCAAACAAAACUUCUCUACGAAGUCACAUGGAAAACUGUUGAGCAAAUAACUAAAAAACAUGUGAAAUCUGCUGCCGUACAUUUGGCAAGGCAUUGUUCCGGGUCAAGGGCCGAGAGAAUCUACAUGGACUGGACUUGGUGGAUUCUGCAGCUACUUCCUUUUCAGCAUCUAGUCAGGGUUAUGGACUGUUUCUUACACGAAGGCAUUAAGGUCUUCUAUCGAGUAGCUAUGGCUAUAGUUUUGUUAUUCUACAAACAUUCUUCUGCGCAAAAUUCUGAAUGGAUGAAUGAAAUUUCAAAAAAUGGGAUUGACGCAGCUCUAUCAAAAUUCUGCAGGCAAAUUCCAGUGACGCCAGCUAAGUUUUUACGAACUGCUUUUGGAGUGCGGGCUCUUAGUUCGGCCUACAUUUCCAGAGUUUUUUUACGCACAGAAAUGGCUCUCAAGAGUCGCAGUGUAUUAGGAUCACGGUCCUUGGCAAGGUCGAGGUCAACUGACAAUCUGCCUACGAGCCAGUCUCAGGUCAACAUUCAAAUGAUGUCGCACACGCUCACCAUAAGAGAGAAAGAGUGCGAAGACACGUACAAAGACAGGGGAGCACACAGUCCUGGACCGCGCGCUCUCUCCAUGGGCGUUUACCCUAUUCAAAGUAUUCGCUCCCAGAUCCUAGAUACGCCUGACUUAUUCACCCUGUGGUCGUGGCUACCUGUACGGAUUACCAUGUAUCAACCAAUUUUAUUGUAUACAACUGAAGAACAUGGUUGUUCACUGACAACCUUUUAUGUAAGAGUUGAACAACACGAACCUACGCUGCUUAUGAUAAAAACAUGCAACAACGAGGUUUUUGGCGCUUAUUGUUCAACACGGUGGUGCGAGCGCAAUUUAAAAGAUGACAAAGGACAGAGACAGGCAUAUUUCGGGACAGGAGAAACAUUCCUGUUCAGUUUGUAUCCUGAACGAGCUAAAUAUCCCUGGGUUGGCAUGGAUUCAUCUCAUAAUGAUCCUAGAGUUCAUCAUUCUGCCGAAUUAUUUAUGGCUGCUGACACAAAAAUGAUAACUAUCGGCGGCGGGGAGGGACAAGCAAUAUGGAUGGACGAAAACAUUAGAUUUGGGAAAACAGAUCGGUGCUCAACGUUCAACAACCCUCCGUUAUGUGCCAGCGGUGAUUUUGAGAUAAGAGUGCUGGAGGUAUAUGGUUUUGCCGGGGCUUAGUAAGAUCGCUAUACCGUUUAUAUCAAUUCCCUACUGCCAUUAAGCAACUCUCUAUGUCUAAACUGUCUUGUCAUCGACGUGUCAUUUUCGUAAGUUGAGAUACUUUAAAAGUAUUCUCAGUUUCUGAGAAUUAAUAAUAUAGUAUUAUUACGUGUCUUCUAUCAUUAUUUAUUACAUCAUAGAAGUCAUGUUAGGCGCUAAUGGUAAUAAUUGAGAUUACAUUGAAGAGAAGUCAGUCAUUUUUUUUGAUUACCUUCGUGUAAUUAUUUUCUAUAGUUACAUUGCUUAGAUUUAUUAUAUUGUACACAUAUAUUCAUCCUUGUAUAUACAGACAAUUGCAACCUCUCAUAUUAUACCGUCUUAUAUCAUGUUAUAUUAUUGCUGUUAUACAUCCACAAAAGAAAACUUAUGGUCAAGAAUAAUGAAGAUAUAAGAAACGGGACAGCAUUCGCUUCGACAAUAAUUAAUGUUUAAUGACGUUGGUCUGGCGUCGAGUUGAUUCACAUCACAUCAAGUGACUAAGAUUACAUGAAUACUUAAUAUUCAUUGGACCAGACGUAUUGUUAUAAAAAAUGUAUAAUUACUCUAUUAUAUUAUUAUCAUUACUUUAUGUUUAUUACAAAAGUUUGUAUAAACGUGUCGUUUCAUAAAAGUUUAUUUAAUUAGAUAUUGUUAUUCUUAAUUUUAAUCGGUUAGUAGAGUUUGUAUUUAUGUUUAAAGCAAACAUAUAUUAUAUAUACAUAUAUAUCUACAUAUACUUAUAUAUUGUAUAUAUAUUUAUGUACCGUUUCUUGUACAUAUUAUAAAUAUUGCCCUGUGUAACAUGUUAGUACAAUCAAAAACAUUGUGAUCCAUGGCCAAUGAGAAAUUCAUAGCAAUGCAUGUACCCAGUGAAUUAUAUGGCAUGGAGGCUUACGCCACUAUUUAUAGCGAGACUUUGUAUUUUUUCCGUUCACAUGAAUUUAAUGAAAUUAAUCAAACGAUUGAUUACUUUUAUUGUGGCUAUAUCGGCAGUCGAGUUUUAGAUUUGUCUCGAUUUAGCAUCUCUGGGUCCAAUAAUACUAUAACCCGAUUGGAAAAAUACUAGAUCUUAUAUUCAGGGCACCCUCUACCUCCAGCCACAAAUAAGACAAAGUCGUAAUGAAAAUUGAACACUAUAUGAUGUACGUACAAAGUACAUUUGAUAUAUUAUUAAAUAAUGCCAUUAGAUUCUACUAUACCUCCUUAUAUACUUCGAGUAUGGGAGAUUUAGAUGAAAUAUGUUCGGUUUCAAAAAAUAUUUCUACUUUGGUUGUAAAGACAAAUUUUGCUUUAAGGAACCCGUUCAUGUACCCAAAUUUUAUCCCGAAAUAAUAUCUAUAUAAUUGUUUGCUACUCUGCUCUGCAGUACUUGAUAUUAUCAUACAGGCGUAUAUAGGUACGACGUAUAUAAUAUCUAUCAGAUGUAUGUUUCAUAUAUUACUUCAAACUAUUCACUAUUUAGUAUAAUGUUAUAAAUAUUAGUUUCAAGACAUUGUUUGUAUUGUAUGUAUAUGUAUGUAACAGACGUACGGCAUGAGACCGAAAUUAAACGCACUUCUAAUAGAUGAUAAUUAAAGAUUGGCAACUGAAACUAUUACGUGGAAGCGAUUGACAAUAAAAUCAAUCGUUGUAUUUUUUGCUGGCCGAAUCGGAAUAUAAUGUAACGUGAAAUAACGAGAUACGCACAUAAUGUAUUAAUCGUACGUUACAUUAGAAAAUAUUUUUUAUUACACGUUGUAUGGAAUUGGCACGACAUAAAAAGUUCGCACUAGUAAGCCAAGCAAUAAUAAUAUUAAAAUGACAUAGUAUAAACAGCCUUUUGUGAUCUCAUCAGGGCGAUAAAGCGAUAACAAAACGCGAUAGUAUUACAAUGAAUUCGAUUCCUAGAGGUACAAUGCGUUUCAUGCAUGUGCUGCUUAAUUUUAAAAUUAUUUUUAUUCCUUCUCGUUACUUGUAUGGAUUUCACUUUCUAAUUGAUUUGUCGUUUUACUGUAUUACACAAUUCUUUUGUCAUUUAAAAAUAUCCUCCCUACAAUUUUGUUGCUUGUUCAUAUGGUAUGUACAUACAUAGACUUGACUAAAGUAAACGCAAAUCGUACUGUUGCAUUCCAAAAUUGUUUUCAACUUGCAAAAUGUUAUUAAAAAUUAUAAAUAUUUACAUGUAUUUAGCAUUCCGAAUAGUAUUAGAAAAAGUCUCCAUUUUUUUUAUUACCUCUUUUAUUCAACUUGGAACAAAAAAUUUCAUUUUCAAAUAUCCUAGAUUUGUACAAAAAUAGAAAUCACGACUUAGCAGAAUUUUGUAAGUGUUAUGACUAAAUAAUUCUUCAUUGAAUAAUCAGUCAGUACUAGUCAAGAUAAUUAAAAAAAAUCACCGAGCAGCUUUACGUAUCAUGCCUUAGCGCAAACGAUCGAUAACAAGCUAUACAAGAAAACAUAUUGUACCUUUAUACAAAUUAUGUUUAACAUUUGAGUUUCAUAUCAAUUUGCUUACAUCUAUACUAGUGGAUAUUUUUUAAAAUCAAAGUGUAUCUUUAUCAGCCGAAUAUAUGUGGGAUAAGCUUUAUGGAUGAAAAGUUUAAUGCAUGAUAUACAUAUAAGAUUGAUUGCUUAUCAAAUCAAUACAUCCUACUUCAAAAUUUGUGUAAUGAUUUACAAACGAAGAUAAUUAAUAUUGGCUGAAUAACCUACAUUUGUCUAAAUUUAUCUUGGUUAAACAAAUUCUUGAUAAAUGAUAAAAAGUAUUACGUGGAAGGAAUGGUAGGUGUAUUACGAAGGAACAUAGUCUAAAUUUAUAAAGAAGUAAUAUAUCAUACAUAUGGUAAAUUGCCGGUUAAGUAAAAAUUAACAUAUAUUUGUGUGCGCGUGUGUGUGUGUAUAUAUAUUAAGAAUUAAUUUCAUAAAACAAAAAUAUAUAUAUAUACACACAUAUUUAUUUCUAUAUGGAAUGUUUUAAGGCUUUUUGUGCAUAAAUUAAGUGUUGCUAUAUUUGGUUGCUGUUUUUCGAAUGAAAUUGUUGCUCGUUGAUACAAUAUAUUGUUACAUAUUAUAAAUAUCAUUGGUUUUAAAUGUGUAAAAUUAUACUAUAUAUAUCAUUUGAAAUCCUAUGUAUAAUCUACGUACUUGUAUCAGCAUUGAUAUGUUUAUGCAAAGAUUUUUUUUUUUGCCAUAAAACUAACUCUUAUGUUCCUUUGUGUUUAUUGAUGUGUCUUCACACGAGUUUUUUGGCACUGCUGUGCGAAUAGCUUAUAAAUGAAGGAUGAAAAGAACAGUGGUUGUUCGGUGUCUUUGCAUUCAUUUCAUUGAUUGAAGGCAAAUCGUAAAGACUGUUAAUUAAAUUUUGUUGCUAUACAUAUAAUCUAUUAAAAUGUUGGUAUAGGAACAUAUAACAACAUAUCAGGACAAAUGAUUUAUUCCAACAAUCAUUCGCUAGUAGAGGAUUGUCGAAUGUACCCUCCGUACAAAAAUUAAAGUAUUAACUUAAAUCUAGCAGAGUUUGUAUCAACGUUGUAGGACAUAGCCAUUAGAUGAAGCAAAAUAGGCUCCAACGCUUUAAAAUUAUUUAUUCAAAAUAUAGCAGACAUUAAUAAUAAAAUCAUUGAAUUACCAUGUAUGAACCCGAAAUUCUUUUAUAUUUCUCGCCCCAUUGUGUUUCAUAAACAUUGUGCUAUGGCAUUUGCUACAUUAACCAGUACCAUCUAGUUAAGCAAAUGUUUGACUUCAAUAAGUGUAAUAUACUUGCUCGUUUUAAACAAUUUUA